UAGAUACGCCAUGACCACCCCCCUUAACUAUGUCUAUGGGCAUGUCAGUUUAGCCAUCCACCGACCACCACUGACAGUUCAUUGGAAUCCCUAAUUCAAAACAAACCAAUCCAUCCACAUUGUUUUGAAUUUUAAUUUUGUUUAAUUAAAAUUGUAAGUUUAUUAAUAUUUUUCUGAAAUCAAAAUGACCAAGACGUACCCAACCAACUGGGACAUAAACAAAUAUAAGGAUGAUACAGAACCAGAGCAUCACUGGGAAUUAAGGAAGAAGUUUUUUGAAGCCCAUAAAGGCAACUUCAGUGAGGACUAUUUAGUUGCCUUGGGAAAGGCUUUUACCAAUAUUGAAUUUAUGGGUUGCAUGUAUCCUCAGAAAUUGAUGGUUCGCAUAGCUGAACUUUCUAAAGAUGUUGCAAAAGCUUACAGGGAGGAAAAGAAAUCAAAGUUGCAAAGAACAUUUGUAACUGCUUCUAGCGCUGCUGAAACCAGAAUAAAAAAUAGGAGGCAAGAUCCUGGUCCGGCACAAAGAGGAAGAAGAUAAAAGAAAGACUGUUUAUUAAUAUUAUUACAUAAGAAUUUACAGUGGGACACAUGAAAUGAAAUGCAAAAAUUCAAUAUAAAAUUUUAUUAAAAACAUAUACACAAAUCAAAUUAAUUCUGGAUUCAUUAUAACUAAUAAUAGUGACAAAAUAAAGUUUGUAUUGCAAUAAAUUACAUUUUUUUAUACAUC